UAACCUAAUGGGACUGCACUAGACCUUUAGAUGUGUGUCUGCAAAUAAGACUCUCGUCCAAAUGAAUGAGAAAAAUCUGCUGAAGCCUCUUCUGUCUCAUAGUCGUCUCUGUUUUUUCUCUACAGCCUGACUUCCUGAUAGGCUGCUGCAAGCAUCACGCAUCUGUGAUGAUGCCUGACAAGUGGAAGAAAAACUGUAAGCAACGAACGUGUUUUUUUCUGCUUGUCUCGCUCAGACCAUCCGUCCCAUCCAGCUGUCAGCCUGCUGAGUGGUUCAGUAUAUCAGAGACAACCCACCUCCCACCCUUCAGCUGUGCGCAACGACCCCUGCCUUUACUUGUGGGUUACUGGAAAGGAGAGGGGAUGAGACUACCAGUGAACGGACCCCUGCUCACUCCUUAUCUUCUCCUGCAGGAGCUUAAAGAGGAAAUGCGUUCUAACAUCCACGGCAGACCAAAGGAAGCAUCUCUAACAAACGCCAGCCAGUGGGUGCAUUUGGCGAUGGAAAGCCCGAACUUUACGCGCGGAUCUGUUUCCAUAAACGCCACGCAAGCAACCAAUAACGACACAGAAAUAGCUUUACCGAUUUUCAUGUUUGCUGGAGGCGCAAUUGGAAAUUUAAUUGCAAUAAUCGUCCUUUCAGUGUCACGUCAGGAAAGGAAAUCUUCCGCUUUCUUCACGCUGGUGCGCGGUCUGGCGGUGACAGACCUGCUGGGCACCUGCCUGGCCAGCCCGCUCACCAUAGCCACCUACCUGAAACGGACGGUGCUGGAGGACCAACAUAUCUGCGAGUUUCACUCCUUUUUGUUGCUGUUCUUCGGUUUAACCGGACUGAGCAUCAUAUGCGCCAUGGCAGGGGAGCGGUACUUGGCUAUUUGCUGCCCCUACACCUACCAGCGGUGGGGGGUGGACAAACGCUUUGCGCAAAAGUUCCUCUUCUUCAUUUACAUCACGAACAUUUUCUUCUGCUGCCUGCCGAUGAUGGGCAUGGCGGAGAGCAUCCUGCAGACGUCCCAGACCUGGUGCUUCAUCGACAUGAAGACACACGAGCCUGUGGCCACCGCCUACUCCAUCCUGUACGGCGUCGUCAGCCUGCUGCUCAUCCUGGGCACCAUCCUGCUCAACCUGGCGGUGUGCGGGUCGCUGCUGCUGAUGAGGCAGAGGACGGUGCAGCGGCACAUCACCAGGGCCAGCGUCCGGGACAGAUGGAGGGCUCUGUCCUCCGCAGCAGAGACGCAGAUGAUAGCAGUGCUGGUGAUGACCUCCGUGGUGGUUCUGGCCUGUUCAGCCCCGCUGAUGGUGCGGGUGUUUGCCAACCACUUCAUGCUGAAACCUGACCCCACAGCAGACCGGGCUGCCAUCAGGAUCGCCUCGGUGAACCCCAUCCUGGAUCCGUGGAUCUACAUCCUGCUCAGGAGGUCCCUGUUUCGACGGCUACUCAGCUUAUCCAGGAAAAACAGCAGCAUUCGCAGCAGUGCUCCUCCAUCACCGCAGAGGAAUGUGUUUUAUCCGGAUAUCAUGAGGGACAGCCACGUGUUCACCCAGCUGAUGUGCAACGCAAACAUCAUCUCUCAGCUGCCCACUGCUGUCAAAUUCACUCCGCGCGAUGCAGAGAGCCUCCCCCAGACUUAAAACGCUGCAAACUGAGCACAUGUUGGACGUCUUUCUUUUCGCAGCUUCGUGUGGGCCGCAGACUCUGUUUUAGAGCUGUGAGACGGAAUAAUGGUGAUGAUUGUAUGAACUCACAGCUGGACAGGAGCUCACAGCUGCGGCAGGAUUAUUUAUUGAGUGAGAACGAAGCAGCAACACUGACGAGAAAAUCUGUUUGACUCAGAUAUCACUACUGAAGUGCAAUAACAAGACAAGACUGAACUUAUCUUUUUGUGUCUUUUUAGUGUUAUCCACCCUGGACUCCUGACUUCUGCUCACCGCCACACUAACCCUUAUCUUCUAGUUAUUUCUCCCGGUCAUGAAGCCCACCUCUACAGCUCCUUCCUCCAGACCAGUCAGUCCUACACUUUAUGUCCAACUGACCAGUGACAUUUAGUCAUUUUUUAUGCAGUUUUUAGGAAAUGCUCCCUGUGGUGGGCAGGUGAUCCAGACUCUUUCUUGCUUAGUUACAGUCAAGCCCAAAAUGAUUCAAAAUUAUGCAAAUUUUGACUUAAAGUUACUUUUAAAUGUAAAUAAAAGCUGAUAAAUUAUUUUUUCCACAGUGAUGCUUCUUGUAAUUCAUCUUAUUAUCUUUUGGAUUUUUUUUCAGACAAGAAAGCAAUAUUUUUUAGCACCCGUAGUUGAGGACAACAGGAAGGCUAAAUCAAAAUUUUCUAGGGGUAUGAAUAAUUUUGGGCUUGACUGUAUACAUGCAAGUCUAUGGAAACUCCCUGGGAGUUAUUUUUGAAUUGCAGGAGUCAUUUUGAAACACAAACUUUAUAAAACACUGACUAAGAUAUGCUGCUGGUGCCUGUUUGUAUUAAAGAUUUAUAUUUGCAAUAAAU